AUGAGUGAACGCAAGGUCCUACAGAAGUACUACCCCCCAGAUUUCGAUCCUUCAGCUCUCACCCGCAGCCGCAAAAAUAAAGAUGCUGGACCCAAAAUACAAAAAGUUCGAAUCAUGGCUCCGUUCUCUAUGCGCUGUACACGCUGUGGAACCUUUGUGUACAAGGGUCGCAAGUUCAACAGUUCUAAGGAGAUACGGCCGGAGGAGAAGUACCUCAAUAUUCAGCUGAUCAGAUUGUAUUUUCGUUGCACGGGGUGUUCCGGUGAAAUUCUUCUACGGACAGACCCUAAGAACAAUGAUUAUAGCUUGGUAUCGGGAGCUGUACGAAACAAUGAGCCAUGGCGCAACCGCGAGGCCGAGAACGAAGAUGAUGAGCAGCGACUGAACCGACUGGAACGCGAGGAAGCAGAAGCUGCAGGCGAGGAAGAAAAGAAUGCCAUGGAGGAACUCGAAGCCAAGAACAUGGAUGCGCAGAGAGAAAUGGCCGCCGCUGAUGCGCUGGACGAGAUCCGACACCGAAACGCACGAAUCAACCGAUCCGAGAAAGAAGGGGUCGAUUUUGCAGACACUAUAGUACGGACAGAGGAUGAGGAAAGAGAGAAACAGGAGAAGGAAGACGACGAGGCUGCUAAGCAGGCUUUCGCUGCUGCACGAGCCCGGAUGGAAAUGGAGACCAUAGUUGAGGACGACGCGCCUGUGGGGUUAGCUGAGCCAGAACCUGUAGUGCCAGCGCCAGCUCCUAGUUUCAAGAGGGUUGUCAAGAAGAAGAAGGAUCAUUCCGCAGCUCUGGGGUUAAAGAAGAAAGUAUGA